UAUAUACCAUCUCCAACACACUAAAAAGGUUUUUUGUCGCAUAGUAAUCAACAUGUUCUACUAAACUCUCACUAAUAGCUAGCUACUAUAUAGCCUACACUACUCAGUUCAAACUCCAGGAGGCAUGUCCUGCCCUACUCUGCAAUAUAUGCCUUCCUCUCCACCUCUUCUUCCUCCACAAUGCCACCUCCAGCACUCUCCUGACAACGCUGUGGGAACUUCUCCAUUCUAUCUCUCUCUUCCUGGCCUCUGUGUCCAGCUCCUCCUUGGCCCGGUCCACCUCCCUCUUUGCUCUCUCCAUCUCUUCCACCAGUGGCAGUAUCUGGCUCCU